AUGCGAACACCAGCAUCUCGCCAUCUGCGGUCGACCUCGGGGCAAAAGGUUCAAGUCUUCUGUCGUGUCAAACCAAAUAGUACUGACUUGCCAUCGUGUAUUGAGAUCAUAAGCGAAACGACACUUAAGACUGUCGGGUCUAGGGCUGGGUCCUAUAAAGAGACGUUGCACACAUUUUCCGCUGUUUAUGACGAUCAAGUGUCACAAGAUGUGAUCUUUCAGAACGUUGCACUGCCCUUGGUUGGGGAGCUCCUCGAGGGAAAAAAUGGUCUUCUACUUACUUAUGGCACAACUGGGAGUGGGAAAACGUACGCCAUGCAGGGCACAUCCAAGGAGGCGGGUAUUUUGCCUCUCACAUUAGAGGUCAUUUUUAAUUCUCUUGGAGAUCGACAGACGAAGAAAUACGUAGUAAAACCGGAUGGAAUUAAUGGGUUUGUGAUUCAAUCAGAAACGGAUGCCCUGAUAGACAGGCACCACUUGGACUAUCAGCAGCGGUUAAACUUGCCAAGAAACGAUAUACUGUCGACACCACACGUUAAAUCUCGAGCGUCAGUUACUUUGCCUUUGCCGCCGAAAGCACUUUACGCGGUUUUCAUAUCUUUGGUAGAAGUCUACAACAACAAUAUAUAUGAUUUGCUUCGUGAAACUCCUGAUAUACCGGGAAGACCGGGUGUGACUCACGCGCUGCGUGAAGAUGCUCAUAGGAAUAUCUAUGUUUCUGGUUGCGUCGAAGCUGAAGUGAAAACAGUUGAUGAAGCUUUGAAGAUAUUUGCAGCAGGACUUACUUUGUCUCAUCGUCGCUUGUCUGUUGCAGGACAGAAACGGCGCCGUAUCGGUCAGACGGCAUUGAAUUGUGAAUCCAGUCGCAGUCAUUGCGUCUUCACUAUUCGGCUUGUUCGAACCGGAUACGAUGAAAAAUACGAUGAAGCCAUAGAGAUUUCCAGCGAGGAGCAGAAGGCGCAAGUAUUCUUGGAUGAACUGACUGACCUCAUCCCGUCCUUUGACCUUUUGGUCGUGAGCCAACUGUGCCUGGUUGACCUGGCCGGCUCAGAACGUGCCAAUCGUGCAGGAACUCAGGGUGGUCGUCUGAAAGAAGCCUACCUUUUGGUCGUGAGCCAACUGUGCCUGGUUGACCUGGCCGGCUCAGAACGUGCCAAUCGUGCAGGAACUCAGGGUGGUCGUCUGAAAGAAGCCUCGAACAUCAACAACUCGUUGAUGAAUUUACGUAAAUGCAUCGAGGUCCUACGCGAAAUCCAGUCCAUGGGUCAAAGCCACCUCGGUCUUGCCACUCCUGGGGGAACCACACGAGUAGUCCCUUACCGUGAUGCCCGACUAACUCAUUUGUUCAAAACUUACUUUGAAGGCAGUGGUCGUGUAGUCAUGUUAGUUUGCAUAAGACAAUCAGUGGCUGAUUAUGACGAAACUAUGAUAGCCGAAGAACACAUGAAUUCUAUCCUUCUGGAGCUUGCCAACUACAACACUGAAAUUAAAAAUUCCGUAUCACGCCUCCUUAAAGAUGAUUACGUUUCCAAUUCCGGUUUUGACUUGGAAGAACUCUUGGCCAGAUCGCCAAUUUCCGGGGGACAAACAUCGGAUGAAGUAGAGCAGGACUCCGCUCCCGAACCUGAUCGACAACGGACACGUUUGUGUAAGAUCGACACAGAGCCACUUCGCGCACUCAUUGCUCAGCGCAUGGAGUGCCGUCAGCGUGCAUGCACUGCGCUGGAGCGUGAACUGAGUGCAUUUCGUUUGGUGCUGAUGGACCUAACGAACAAUGAAUCGCCGAAAAUCAGUCAUGGCGCAGCAAAUACUGAUGUGGUCGAUCGGGCCAGAUUAGAAGCGCGGAUACGAAAGCUUGAAGGACAACUCGUCGAAACGUCUGCUGCAACAAAGCGUGAACGAGCUGAUCACACAAAGCGGCUAGAAGAAUAUCGUUUGGAAAUCCAGCGUUUACGUGAUGAACUGCAACAACUUUUGGACGCUAGACUAUCUACUCGCGAGCUAACACCUACUAAACGGCGUCUUCGACCUUCAAUGUCACAACCGAAUAUUGUCAGCAUGCUUUCUCGGCAAUGGGAGAAGCGAGUAGCAGAACAAGAGGCCGCGAAACUUUCGAGUACCAGGAAGGUUGGACACCGCCAGGCAAUUUCAAAUAACACAUUGAGCCAUCGUGUUGCGGCCUUCAACCCGCGCCAUCGUCGAUCGCGGUCUGCAGGUGGCGAUGGCGGUGUUUGGCUGGAGCAUCAGGAGUCAACUGCUGCACCCUUGGGGACCAUUUUUACACCUCGACUUAAGAAUCGCAAAUCUGUGACACAGUUAGAGCUGAAGGACACACUGAAAGCCUCAAAUUAUCUCUUGCAUCAUCAAGAAGCGACGUCUGAUGGCAACAUAGAGACAAAACUGUACAAGGGAUCAAUAAUCCCCACCGCUGGCGGAGGCUCAGCGGUCAUUUUCAAUGACGUCGAGGAACUGCGACAAGCCUCACCGCUUUCUGACAAACGGAUUUCAAUAAAGGAAAACACUGCACCUGCUGAAGCAAUGGACGUGAUUCAACUGGCUUUAGAAAUUAAAGAUCGGAAGAGCACAAAACGCCGUCGUUCCUCGUCUGUUCAUAGGAGAGCAUCCCAUUCACCAGUAAGCACCACGAAUUCAGAAGAUGCGGUGAAUUCGAACGGUGGCUCAUCUGAUUACCGUCCUAUCAGCCCCCCUGUUCCGUCUCCAACCUUCCGCAUUGGUAUAACCUCCUCUGGAGGGAUGGGUGUAACUAUGGAUGCCGUUCCUGCCCACAACCGGCGCAAGUAG